UCGGUCAAGAGACGAAGAAUGAAUGAAAAAUUGUAACUGUGUAGUACAUGUAUAUAUAGACACACAUACGUAUAUAUAUAUAACUUAAUAAAGUAACCGGACGCGUCAGAGUCACGUCACAUGUUUAUUGCAGAUACGCUGCUAUACUGUAAGGGGAAGAACCUGAAAAGAAUUGCCGAUUGGAAGAGAUACUUCAAUGUUAAAUGGGAAUAUCGCGUCGUAUAGUAAACUGAUUAUAAACACGAUUUAUUUUCACAAUCACCACGACUAUUCAGCGAUGAGUGAACCAGUCAAGUCAUACAAUUUUAGCGUUUUCUCAUAAAGAAACAACAUUUUUUUUUCUUUUCAUUCACAAAAUCUUUAAAAUUACAAAAAAAAACAAAAGUGUCAAGUGUUCUUUUAUUCAUUUGCAAAAAAGAAAAGAAACGAACAAAAACCAUUCUUCUGCCAAGUGGAACGCUUUACUUCGUGUGAAACCCAAGAGGUGCUGACAUUGAAUUUCGCGAGUGUUUUCCUAGAUUCGCGAAAAAAAAAACAGUUCCAGUUUAUUUCAAGGUGUUUAAAGUUUUAAAGACUUUUAAAGACGAUUUUUAAAACUUGUUUUUAACUAAAAUAUCUGAAUUUAAAUAUUUGGAUUCUGGUCGAUUUGGAAGUGGUUUUGAAAAACAGUUGAGGACCUCGAAGCAACUAUUUUUAGUAGCUGCUGAAAUAGGAAAAGUUUGGGACAAUCCGUAAAAAAUUAAGGACAUCUUGGCCAGGUAUUUUGUUGAACUAGAAAAAUUUGAACGGUUUGGAGAAAUCCCUGAAAAAUUAGGAACCAUUUUUGACAGAAGUGCAACAAUCCGAACUGUUUAGGAACAUCCGUAAAAAUUAAGGACAACUAAACAACUAUUCAAUCAGUCUGCAAAAUUCUGAAUAACAAUUUGGGAAAAUUCCUGAAAGUUUAAGGACAUCUAAGCAACUAUUUUGUAGGACAACAAAAAUCAGAACAAUUUAGGAACAUCCGUAAAAAAUUAGGCACAUCUAAAUAAAUUUGACAGAUUGCAACUUUUGACAAUCCGAACGGUUCAGGAACAUUCCUAAAAACCUAAGGACAACUAAACUAUUCUAUCAGUUUGCAACAAUCCGAACAAUCCAGAAAUAAUCCAAAAAGAAAACCAAAGACAUCAACAAUAUUAAAACAACAAUUUUCCCAAACAACAGAAAUCAAAAAUCCCAACAACAACAAAAAAAAUACCAUCCCUAAAAAAAAUCAGGGAAUGAAUAACAAUAAAACAAAUUGAAAAAUUCCCCAGCAAAAUAUAUCGAAGAAAAAAGGAAGGUAAAAAAAAAACUUUUCAAAUAUGACGAAAAGUGAAAAGGACCUGGAAAUAAUAUCCGGGGAUGGUCUCCGUCUUAGGAAGGAUUGCAACAAGAAUCUAUUGGAGAUUAAAGGCGAUGGAUGUAGAAUCACAAUAGGAAGAAAUUUUGGAACGAUUCGUAUGAUUGGCGAUGGUUGUCGAUUGAAGGUGAUAAAAAAUAUUGGUUCCAUUGAAUAUAAAGGUGAUGGGGGUCGCGUUGAUCUUGGUCCCGAUUCAAUUGAGGAUAAAGUCACGUUUAUUGGACAUGGAAGCCACGUGAAGUAUUUUAAUGAAAAAUCAUCAUCAUCAUCAUCAUCGUCAUCGCGAUCAUCAUCACCAAAAUUAACAAAAUCUAAUCAAUCUAAUCAGUUUAGUGAUAAAAUUAAUUUGCAAAAUCAAACAAAAAAUAAUAUCACUAAAAAUGAGUGUAAUUUUGAAAGUGAGAAUCAAUACAACGAGAGGAGGGAGAGAUCUAAUGUGAGUUACAGUGAGGGUUCGACGAUGAUAGUGACGAAAAUUAUUUUAGAUUCAAAUGGCAAAUGUCACACGAAUAUUAGGACAAUUUGUAAAAAUGUUAAUACAUCUCAGUGUUAGAUAAUAAUCUCUCUAUCUAUGAGUCCUUCAGUAUUAGUUUUUCAAAAGAAAUUAUAUUUUUCAACAAAUCUUUUUAUAUUUUAUAUUUUCGAUUUCAAUUCUUAAUUUUUGUUUCUAUCUAUAAAUUUUCGAUUUUUGUUUUAUAAUUUUUC